CCCAGCAUUCCACACCAUGUAGCUGCAGCAGCUUUUUUCACUCAGGCGCUUUUUCUCACCUGACGUCUCUGCUGCCUCUCAGGAAAGCUCAGUUCAAGUUUAUUCUGUUGACAGCUUUCAACACCCCGGUGGAUUGCCUGCUGGAAACAUGUUUGUGUCGGCUGUGAAUCUCAUUGCCCUGGUGUGCUUCUGCUCUCGCCACGCUGCUUUUGGACAGGAAUGCCCAAAUAGGCAGGAAAUCCAAGGCACUCUGAAGCAAGUCCAGAAGCUUUUGUCGGCCCACGAAGCCUCCUGUUUGCAGAGCCUGCGUAACCUGAGGAAGAAAAUAAAUUUACUUCAGAGCAAUGCAGGGAAGCAGACAGCAAAACCAGUAAACAGUACCUGCCCAAAAUUGGAUGCACCCAUUAACGGGAGGAAACUUGGCAAAUCCCACAACGUUGGUCAUGAGGUCCACUUUCUGUGUGACCCUGGGUAUGAAAUCGUGGGAUCAGAAAGCAGAGUUUGUCAGGAAAGCCUGACCUGGAGUGGCCAGCAGCCAACAUGUCGAGAGUUCAAUGAGUGUGCAUCGUCUCCCUGCCUGAAUGGUGGGACGUGUAUGGAUGAGGUGAACCAGUUUUCUUGUGUCUGUGCCAAAGGCUGGGCUGGGGAAACCUGUCAAAGCCCUGUGCCAACAUUCUUCAUCACCACGACGAACACUUCUGCCGGCUCCGCUUCAGCUGCUUCCACCUUACCAGCUUCCACAACCGGGCCGUACGUUCGUCCGUCACGCUGCAGUAUCGUGCAGGGUACCACCCACUGCACCUGUGAGCCGGGAUACACCAUCUCUGGCAGAGACAGCUACAGCUGCACCGACAUAGAUGAAUGUGAGCUCUUCCAUAAUGGACCUGCGGGAAAACUGUGUUUACAUAAGUGUGUUAACACCCCUGGAGGCUAUCGCUGCUCCUGUCCUGCUGGGUAUAAUGUUACUCGUGAAGGACGCAGCUGUAAAGAUGUUGAUGAGUGCGCCACCAGGCAGAACAACUGCACAAAGGACCAGAUGUGUGUUAACACAUACGGUGGCUUCCAGUGUGUUCGAGUGGACUGCCCUAAAAUCCCUCACGCUACAUAUGUCAAAACAUCGCCCACGCGUUGUGAACGUAACCCCUGCCCUUUGGACAACAAAGCCUGUUCUCAGACCCCAAACUCCUUUUCCUACCAUUACCUGGCUGUGGUGUCCAACCUGUCCGCCCCACGCGUCAUGUUCAGAGUCUCGGCCCUGAGGCAACUAGGCGACACGUUGCGCUUCACCCUGCUAGGGGGGCGGCAGGCGCGCCGGCACUUCACGGUUCAGCGUUCAGACCGUCAGACGGGUCAGCUGAUGCUGGUGAGCCCCGUGCAGGGCCCCGCCACUCUGGAGGCAGAGGUGGAGAUGAGCGAGCUGGAGAGACGGGUCCAGCUGGGAAGAUACAUCACCAAAAUCACCAUGUUUGUUUCCCAGUAUGAAUUCUAAAAUCAGAAAAUGAAUACUUCACAAAGAUAGAGAAGACUGUAGAAGUUGAGAGGCAAAGAGGAAAACCAGUACCUACAUGAUGCUGAACAAGGCAGAAGUAAACUGUCUAUCAAGCAUGCUGUGAUGACACGGGUGAUCCAUACAUGAUGUGUGAACAUUGUAUAACUAUUAUUUUUGCUGUCUUUAUAUUCUGGUUUUCAUACUUGUGUGAUAGAACCUCAUAUUUGUACCUCUGUGCAAUAAUUAAAUAUCACAUACACAAUUCA